CCCUCAGCCCCGCGGGCGCGGCCCGGCGCUCCGGCGGCAGCAGACAUCGUUUCUGAUCCUGAUGGACAAGAUCCACUGUUCUGUGUGCAGUUGGAUGACUCAAAGCUGAACUAUUUUCAACAGCCGCAGGAUGUCAAAGAAUCUGAUUUUGCGGAGUUCUUAGAGAAGUAUGGCAGGCACUCUUUCUUAGCACCAUCACAAGUUCAGCCAUCAUUCUCUGCUUUUUACCGCGCUGGUGAUCCAAUCCUCAUCUACUUUGAUUCGUCAUCUGUAUUGAGCAUGCUUAGACAGCCAAUAAAAAUGGGAGCCAGUGGACUUUGUGUUGAUGGGAAUCCUGCUGGCUUCCUGGACAGUAAAAGCACAAGCUGUACUCGGAUUUUUGCCAACUUGAGCAAGAGCUGCAUGACUGACCCUGCCCUAGAUGCUGCUUCCUACUACCGUGACUUCACUGUGCUAAAGGUCCCAAUUAAUGACACUGUUAUGCCAUCCAUGAAGGUAAAUGUCACUGCAGUCUCACCACCUGGAGCUCCCCACAUGAAAGACAAUACAUGCAUGAAUGUUGUUUCUGAGGUGAUCUAUGAGAUAGAAUAUAGUGGCACAAGUGGGAUUCAGAGUGUUUCAGUCCAGUUCAAAGUCAGCAACAUCUCUGUGAACUCCAGAUCCUCUCUGCAGCAGCACUUCACCAUGCACUUCUGGACCAGGACUCUAUCUCAUAUGUUGCCUAGAAGCGGAAACCCUGGCUAUAUCAGUGGAGCACCACUGUUGAUUGCAAACAGUGGUGCCAAGCAACAUAUGAGCAUAUUAAGGAGUGAAAGUGAUGGAAGUUGUUCACAAUUCCUCAGGCACACAGUACAGUUUGGAAGGAAUAUGAGAACAGGCUGCAAAAUCAGCCUAUCCCCAAUACUGGAAGACAGUAACUGUAGUUACAUACAGCAGAAGUUAUACAAGGCUUUUCAGGGGAUGAACAGAGCAGAAGACUUUGCUGUAACUGGCAGUGCUCAUUCAACCCAGGCAGAAGAGUGGAUGACCAUUCUAAUUGAGAACUGCAGUGCGGAGGCUGUGAAUUGCACUUCCUGUUGCAUGGUUCCUGUGACCCUGGAGAUACAGAUAUUGUGGACUAAAGUGGGCCUCUUGUCCAACCCACAAGCUCAAGUAGUGGGUACACGGCACUUUUACCACUGUCAGCCCCUCAAGUUUCUAGACAUGAGCAUGGUACCUGUGACAACUAUUGUUACCUUCACUGACAUGACGGAUUGGCCAGAAGCUCCGCGAGGCCAGCCCCAAAUGCACUGGAAACUCCCAUUUGACAUCUUUUUUCCAUUCAAGGUAGCCCUGAAUGUAGAAAGAACUUACAGAGGUGAUCUGGCUGGGUAUUUAUUGUUGAUUCUAAUAAUGUCUAGUAUUUUCUGCUUUUGAAAUAGAUGGAGUCUGUAUUUAAAGUGUGGUGAGUGAAUUGAUAUAUUCAGGAUAUGACCCAGACAAUGGACUUUUGUCAUCAGGUUUUUAUACCAUUUCUGUGUUACCCGUGUGCCUUCUGUUCUUGGAUUAAGCCAUGUGGGCUGCUUGUCCUCUCAUGUUUCUGUUCUUUGUAUGUGAACUAUCUGUGAACAUCAUUGCAGUGACACACUUGGGAAAUGUAGAGAUCCAGGGACAUUGCUUUAAUGAGGGACUAGAAAGAGAAUGUUAAAACUAUUAUUCCGUGUUCCCAGAAACCAACAAUGCUCUCUAAACCAGGGAGCAUGGAGAGAGAAGCAAAGUUCAAUCAAAGCAUUUCGGAGCUCCUUUCAGUUGGAGAAGCAUCUGAUUUUGGAGCUGCUUUCCUGUUGGAGAAGCAUUUGAUUUUUCUAUGUGAAACUAACCAAACAUUUAAAAUACAGGAGCUUGCCCAGGUGGCCUGAAUUCUAUUUUAUGAGUAAGCAUGUGUGCCAGUCACCCCUAACCUGUCCUUGUUAGAUGAUGACAACCGCAACUCUGUGAGAUUUUUUGAAUCUUGCUUUUUUUGUGUCUUUUCAAAUACAGAUAUUCAAUUGAAAUUUU